CAUCGCGUGAUGACACCUGUGUCGUUCUGCAGAGCCAUACUGAGGAAGAGGAGCUCCCUCUUCGGGAUGAUGAAGAUGAGGAAGAGAGAAUCAGGGAGGGGGCUCCCUGCCCAUCACCUCCUCCUCCUCCUCCUCCACCUCCUCCACCUCCUCCACCUCCUCCCGUCAUGAGGAGAACCGACCCCCACCAGUCUGAAAGAAGACCUGACCCCGUCCCAAUCCGCCCCCCCUCCCCACGGGUCCCGGACUUCCUGCUCCAGUUUGCAGAGGAGAGCUGGUUUAAACACCUGUACCCCCAACCCCAGUGCGUCCCGACCUCCCUCUCUCCAGACGGGUUCUGCUGGGUCCUCUUGGACCACCUGGACUCCCCCGGCUCCCGGUCCAAGAGGGAGGUCCUGGUCGCUCUGAAGACCCUCCUCCUCCAGCACCUCCUGCAGGAGCAGCACGCCAUCGCCCAGCACCUCCUCCUGUCCCUACCCCGACACACGGGGGCUCUAGUGGGUGAGAUGCUAACCAUAGCUCUACAACUGGGAGGUGGCGGCUACAGCGAUGUCGUCAACCUCUUGGUGCUGCUGGCCAAUCAGACGCCGUCCCUCUGCCAGGCGGCCGGGGCCCGGCUGGAGGUGCUGGGGGUGCAGGGGGCCGAGACGUGGCUGAGGCCGGAGCUCCAGUCCUGGGGUAGAGCGCUCCGGGGCCGGGCCCCCGCCUGGAGGGUCCAGCAGGACUGCGCCGCUCGCUGGCUGUGCCUCUGGACGACCAAAUACAAGGACCACGUGAGAGCGGACCAGCGAGGCCACGCCUCCUCCGUGGACGUCCUCAACUUCUUCUGCUCCUCCAGGAGGGCCCGGCAGGGGGUCCCAGGGGCACGACAGGACACCGUGAGGCUGUCCCCCCCGCCCUGCGGUCCUCAGCCUAUCCAUCGUCUUGGAGAGACUCACAGCAUGCUGAGAACACGCAAAGCAGCUGGACUAGCCCUGCCCCCCCUCCGCAACCGUCCCUCCCUCACUGGCUUCCCCCGGGUCCUCAGUUUCCCUCUGCCGCGCCUCAACCUCCUCCCCCUCUCCUGCCCCAUUGGUCAGCUGGACGCCACGCCCCCCUCCAGGCGCUACUUCCUGCUGGACCAAUCACAGCCGGAGUACUACAGAUGACCCAACCGGGACUCUUAGGUCGUGGUGGUAGUUAGGUCUAGUCCAGGAGGUCGUGGUGGUAGUUAGGUCUAGUCCAGGAGCUCGUGGUGGUA